GUAAGCCAUAUAUAUACGUACUCGAAGUAGAAGCAUUGGAUUACCGUGCGUGACCGAGGGAACACCUCGUUUGCACGCAUCAGGUUUCAACCGGUAAUGAAAUUAUUUUCCCUUCGCCAAAGGAAUUGACAUUUUGACUUAACCGAUAGUCAGUACGCCGUGCAAUGUCGAUCGAGAAAGAAUCAUCCUUGAUGACAGAACAGGAGAACUCGACAAGGAUGGAUCUUCUUGGUUUGACCUUUCGAACUAUGGAUCUGAAAGAUUCGGAAAAGAAAUGUGAUAGUUUUGUAUGCGUCAAUAAAGAACAAACUUCUGAAACAUCUUCCAAUGUUACGUCAAAGGAAAAAGCUUCGAGAAAAUCUAAACGAAACGAAGAUGGUAACAAACUUAGUGAACUUCGUUGUAUUAGUUUGGAUGAAGUUGCUUGGCAUGAUACACCUGAUAGUAUUUGGAUUGUAAUUUACGAUUACGUUUACGAUUGUACCGAAUUAUUGAAGAAUCAUCCUGGUGGACAAGAUGUUCUUUUAGAAUAUGCUGGAAGAGACGCUACUCUGAGCUUUUUUGGAGCGGGACAUUCGAAAAUCGCACAAGAAACACUUAAAAAUUAUCUCAUUGAAAGGUAAUCCUUUAUGGCAACGAAGUAUGGUCAUUUACGUUUAAAGAUAAGACAUCAAAUUUAAGGUAUUUGUGGGAUCGAGCGUCUACGUGUCAAAUACGAAAUAAAUUUUAUAUAAUAAUACAAAAUUUUAUAUAAAUAUGUAAAUAAAUAUUAGUAAAAAGGUUGACUUUGGAUAACUCAAGGGAUAAUACUCAAUUUGCUACAUAUUUGAAAAUAAUCUAUUUCAAAAAAUCAUCGGUGAAAAAUGUUAUAAGAAAACUGGGGAAUAGAGAAAAGUGUGAAAUGUAGAAUUACAUCAAUUAUAUUAUACAAUAUUCAGGAUAUUACGUCACAAAAUCACGUCGAUUGAUUAAGAUAGAAAGGUUACGUGAUAACGCGUAUGGAGGAAGAUCGAAUAACAUAUAAAAUAUACCAAUUGGUAAACCCAAUGGGAAAAGACUCUAAGACGUAUAUUGAAAGAUAAAUAAUUAAAAUGGAUUUUAACAAAGUAGGGUACAAAGGUUGUGAAUGGAAGAAAAAUGGUUAGGAACUGAAUAAAUUAACGGGAUCUUUAGUAUUCGAAAAAAUAAGCCUUCAAGUUCUUAAUAUCAUUUA